UCAUCAACUCAUACGCCAACUCUACUUCGUUAAGAUCGGCUGGGUGAUGCGGUGUGAGUUGCUUUGAUUCGUCGAUUGGAGCUAAUGUGCUGGAGGACUUUUGCGCCAAGUUAAUUAAGUUGUGUUAUUGUGGCAUUCAAGUUUACUUCGCGGAUAUGUUCGUGUGUUAAAGUUCAUUGAACAUUAAAUUGUAUGCAUAAAAUUCCAUUAAGGAUUUCUUACGUUAAGUUGGACACAACUGUGAAAGGUCAUUUGGCAAAUAAAUAAGUACCUGCAUUUUCACUUACAUUAGCAAAGAAAAAAAGGUGUUGAAGGUCCGAAUUCAUAAAAAAUUACACAAAAGUAUAGAAGGAUGACAAACGAUAAAGAAAAGACUAUACGUGUAGGCUCCAGAAAAAGUGAAUUAGCACUCAUUCAGACGAAGCAUGUCAUUGCACGCUUGCAAAAACUCUAUCCCAAAAAGAAAUUCGAGAUCCAUACCAUGUCGACUAUCGGUGACCGGGUACUCAACAUAUCACUGCCAAAAAUCGGGGAGAAAAGUCUUUUCACACGUGAUCUCGAAGAUGCGCUACGCAACGGUGGCGUUGAUUUUGUUGUACACUCACUAAAAGACCUGCCUACCGCACUGCCCACAGGCAUGGCGAUUGGUGCCGUACUCGAGCGAGAAGAUGCCAGAGAUGCUUUGGUGCUGCGUGAGGACUACAAGGGUCAUACUAUUGAAACCCUACCAGAGGGUAGUGUGAUAGGCACCUCUUCCUUACGUCGUACAGCGCAAAUCCGACGGCAGUAUCCCCAACUGAUCGUUUGCGAUAUACGAGGCAAUCUAAACACGCGCCUUGCUAAAUUGGAUGCAAACAACUCGAAGUUUGCCGGCAUAAUACUCGCGCAAGCUGGUCUUGUGCGUAUGGGGUGGGAGAGCCGCAUCAGCCAAGUGUUAGAGCCGACCGAUUUGCUUUAUGCUGUCGGGCAAGGCGCACUAGCCGUUGAAUGUCGUGCCAAGGAUGAAGAAGUUUUGGCCAUGUUGCGCAGUUUAAUGUGUCUUUCGACAACAUGCCGUAUUCUGGCCGAGCGGAGCUUCCUCAAAACGUUGGGUGGUGGUUGCAGUGCACCUGUAGCGGUUUGGAGUAAUUUAGACGGCGAUUUAUUGGAAACGAAUCAGAAUAACUCCAAUAGUGCACUUUCUUUGGUGGGCGCCGUCUGGAGUUUAGAUGGCUCCACCGAAAUACGCGAUAAAAAGGCCUGCACAUUUGCCAUAGAAAAUGUUAAAAGGAAGGCGAACGAUGACAAUAAUGGUAAUUUAGUGGAAGACAACGAUAGUAGUAGUGGCGAUCAACCACGAACGAAACGACGGCGAAGCAACGACUCCAACAGCCCAAUACAACAACACAGUCCACCCGUGAUUAACGAUGACGCCGAGGCGGAAAAGCUUUCCGGUGCCUAUAGUAUGGGUGAAAUUAUUGAAAAGCACAUAAAUCUUGCACAACAUUGUCCAGUAAUUAGUGCUGACCUGAAUAAGAUUGACACUAUCAAGAAAGUUGAAAACAGCAAUGGCAACGCAAAUGUGGAUUAUCACGCAGGCGGCGAUUCCAAUUUAAACAACCCACAUUGUCCACUAAAAAUGAAUGUGGGUCAAGACUUUAUGGGUGAGUGUCCAUUCGUGAGUAAAGAAGAAAAGGUUGCAUUAGCUACUGCGGGUAAAUGUCCCAUAACAAAUGAGCUCUCGAAAAAGCGGGAAGAUGAAACUGACAAUGCUGCCAUUGCGAUAUUGCCAUCUACCUCAAAAUGUCCGUUCGCCAGUAUGCACAGCAGCGAAAACGGAAACGAAUACUCAGCAAGUGCAGCAGAUACUGCAGCGGGCAAGUGCCCUUUCCUACAGAAAACCGUUAAGAUGUUUGAUUAUGCAGAUGAAGAGAAACCAAAACCGAAAUCGGUGCCGGUUCUGAUCGAAGAUGUGGAGAAUCUCUACUGUGGUUUGUACCAGCAUGCAUGUUACAAUCGGGAAUUGUAUAUUCGAAGUAAUGCCUUAGGUCAGCAGCUUGCCGAGGAGCUGAUUAAAAAGGGUGCCUUAGAAGUAAUGAAGUGCGCACAAGCGGAGAUACACAACAAAGUUUAAAAAGUGGAAAAUAAUAUAAAUUCGGAAGAAAGUUUAUACUGGAUUACUUUUUGGCAAUCUUCUAAAAGUUGUUUUUUUUUGUUUGUUAUUUUUCGCUCUUCCAUGACUUUUUCCGAUGUUGUAAACCUUAAGUAUAAUUUUUUGUUGAGGAAGGUUUGCACAUCAUUUCAUUUUACAAUAAAAAGUUUGGCAUGUUUAUUGCCAUUGUGGAGUUUUCGUUGUGUGCUAAUAUACGAAUUGCCUGAAUUUUUUUUUUGUUUUUACAUAAAGGCAUUACCAAUUACUUCUUAGAAAAAGGCAUUGUAAAGAUGAUUUGUAUCUAUAGUUGCAUUCUUUUUGUUGAACAUAUUUAUUAUUGUAUUAUUAUGUGGAUGGGAAAUGUACAUAUAUCUGAAGUAUCAUUUACCGUAAAAUAAAACUAGUUCUUCGUAAUAAAAAUAAAAUAUAUUGCGAUCAAA